UCUUCCUGGGGGUGGGGGAGUGGAAUCCACUGUUGGCAUUGGGGGAGAGACUCAAGUGAAGACAGAGGAUUGUGGGAGAUGGAGUCGAGACAUUACUUUUUAAUACCCACAAUUCCUCCCCUCUCGCCCUCCCUUCCCCCCCACCGCUUCCCUUCCCCCAACGCAGCCCCCUCGCCCAGUUCCUAUUGUCCCCAGAGUUUCGGCUCGAGGAGGGUAUUCUGGAUGUUGUAGUUUGGAGUGUGCUGUCUUAAAGAAUCUCCCUUCUUGGGAGAAGAAUCCUUAUAGCUGAAUGGAUCGUUACAGUUGGGUUACUACAAUUUUACUGAUAAGGACAACUUUUUGACUCACAAAUGGAAUGAAGGGAAAGAAAGAGGAAUUACGUUUUGCUAAGCAAACGAAAUGAUCAAAAGAAUGAAAGGUAACUAAUGGAAUGGGAGAAACUACUUGCAAAACCUGAUAAGAGUGAACGUCUUGGGAGGAGCCCCAGGACACAACCCGGAACGCAGGACGAAGAUGAUAUCAAUACACAGCCUCUCCGAGCUGGAGCGUCUGAAGCUGCAAGAGACUGCUUACCACGAACUCGUGGCCAGGCAAUUCCUCUCUGAAUUCAAACCUGAAAGAGCUCUACCUGUUGACCGUCCAAACACCUUGGAGAAGUGGUUUUUGAUUCUGAGAGGACAAGAGAGGGCCGCAUCACUCAAGACUUUUGGCAUUCGCCUGGAAGAGGUGCUGGUGAACGAGCUUACCCGCCGCAAGCAACUUGAACUGAGAGCCGCGAUGCAGACUGAAGAAGCCACCCGUCAGGCUGCGGGCCGUCGUCGGGGAAACGUGGUGCAAAGAAUGUUUGGCCGCAUCCGGCGCUUUUUCAGUCGCAGACAAGAAGAGCCCUCAUUGCCCCGGGAGUUCACCCGCCGUGGGCGUCGAGGUGCAGUCUCUGUGGAUAGCCUGGCUGAACUGGAGGACGGUGCCCUGCUGCUGCAGACCCUGCAACUUUCCAAGAUUUCCUUUCCAAUUGGCCAGCGACUUCUGGGAUCCAAAAGGAAAAUGAGCCUCAAUCCGAUUGCAAAGCAAAUCCCCCAUGUUGUUGAGGCGUGCUGCAGCUUCAUUGAGAAAUAUGGCUUAAGCACAGUGGGGAUUUUCACCCUGGAAUAUUCUGAGGAAAGAGUGCGUGAGCUCCGUGAAGAAUUUGAUCAAGGUCUGGAUGUAGUGCUGGAUGACACUCAGAAUGUCCAUGAUGUGGCUGCACUCCUCAAGGAAUUUUUCCGUGACAUGAAGGACUCCCUGCUGCCAGAUGAUCUGUACAUGUCCUUCCUCCUGACAGCAACUCUGAAGCCGCAGGAUCAGCUUUCUGCCCUGCAACUGCUGGUUUACCUGAUGCCUCCCUGCCACAGUGACACCCUGGAGCGUCUGCUGAAGGCCCUGCAUAAGAUCACUGAGAACUGCGAGGACUCCAUUGGCAUUGAUGGACAGUUGAUUUCAGGCAAUCGUAUGACUUCCACCAAUUUGGCCUUGGUGUUUGGAUCUGCUCUCCUGAAGAGGGGGAAUUCUGCCAAGAGGGAGUCCAGGAAAACAAAACUGGGGAUUGACCACUAUGUUGCUUCUGUCAAUGUGGUCCGUGCCAUGAUUGAUAACUGGGAUGUCCUCUUCCAGGUGCCUCCCCAUAUUCAGAGGCAGGUUGCUAAGCGUGUGUGGAAAUCCAGUCCUGAAGCCCUUGAUUUUAUCAGACGCAGGAAUUUGAGGAAGAUCCAGAGUGCACGAAUAAAGAUGGAAGAGGAUGCUUUACUUUCUGAUCCAGUGGAAAACUCUGCUGAAGCCCAGGCUGCUGUCCUUGCUCAAAGCAAGCCCUUUGAUGAAGGUUCCUCUGAGGAGCCAGCUGUGCCUCCCGGCACUGCCCGUUCCCAUGACGAUGAGGAAGGAGCGGGUAACCCCCCCAUUCCGGAGCAAGACCACCCAUUGCUCCGUGUGCCCCGGGAGAAGGAGGCCAAAACUGGCAUCGGCUACUUCUUUCAUUAGAUGUUUCUCCUUCUAUAUGGUGCCAGACAGGGGAAAAGGGUGGGGGUAGACCUGGGAUGCCACAGGAAACAUUAAGGAGAUUCUUGAAGGUAAAGAUCUGAGGGUCAGAAGGAGUUCCGCCUGAUGCUCGGGUCAGGAUGAGAAUUCCAGACACACUGCCAGCCCCUUCACUGGGGAUGCUUGGUCCCUUCAGCUGGUAAAAACAGAGAUGUUUCUGUGUCAUGCCCAGGCGCCCUGGUGCUACCUUGCCUCUCUCUUUUACCCCUGAUCCUGGCUUUCCCUUACUACAGCUGUUUCUUUAAUUGAUGUGACAUUUGUGGUAAACAUCUGCCCCAGAGAAGCCCACAAAUCUCGAGGUGCUUUCCCUCCCCCAAAGGGGAUUGCAUGCUUUACCUGACUUUCCUACCCCCCUCCUAAGAGCUCAAUUGGAAAGGCCCUCAAGAGGCAUGCUAGGACGUUAGGUCAGCCUGCUGACAGCUGACAAACAAUGCUGAACCAUGUCACACCAACUCAUAGCCAUGUCCCCGCAGCAACUCUGCCACCUCAGGAUAAUCUUUUCCAAAUUAUUUAGGCAAAUGGCUCGAUAAACAGCCACUCCCCAAAUCCUGAGAUACCUAACUAGCUUUUCUGGGGUCAAAAGUUAGAGGAAAAAUUUGAUUUCAUUAACUAGAUCUGUUUUACAGACAGCUGGCAAUCACAUCCUGUUGUCAGCAAAACAGCUAGUUAGGUAUGGACACAUAGUUCUAAGUAGUAAAAUUCACCUGAUUACAAAUGUUCUUAAAUAUCGUCUCUGUAGUUCCUCUAUGCAGGACGGUACAAAUUUGCGGGACAUGCUCUGGUAAAACACAGAUAUGGGUUAUGUAUGACAUCCAAAAUUAUAGCUGAUAUUGAUGGAUAACAACUGCUAAGGUCCAUAAAAUGAAGAAUGUAUUGUAUUGAGGGAUAGAAAUUGAUCACAUGAUGGGUAACAACCACAGAGCUCGAAGAUUUGUGAUUGUUAAAACUUCUCUGGCGUUUAAUCAUUAAUAAACAUCUGUGUUGUGACAGCAGCA